GAAUGGCGCAUGCUCCUCGCCAUCAUGGAUGGUCUCCUGCCUCCUAUCCAGAAGAGAUCGUCGACGCCGAAGAGGAGGAGGAGAAAGCGGGGCGUGUUGUACAUUUCGGAUGAGAAAUACAAAGACAUUGUAUCCGACUUGCAAGACAACAGCGUUGUUCUCGACUCGGCCUCCUCAUCAGUUCACAUCGAGGAUGUGGAUCAGUACCUGGCCGACAAGGCAACGGACGACACCGGCUUUCAACUCCUCCUGCAGAGCACAUUGCUCCAGCUGCCCCAGGACACCAGAAACAUGCUCACAACUGCGCUCCGGUUGUUGACCUACCGAACGACGGCCAUCUUCCUGACAGGCUCGGCAACGCCCAUCACAAGGUUGUCCAUACGUCAGCGCGGCGAGAUCCUGCACAGGUGGAGGACCAGCUACAUCCCUCAGCUGCGCGGCCUGUUUGGACAGCUGACGACCCUGGCCAAGGUCGUCUUCACGGCCAGCAACGCAUCCUUUCUCCGCGUCUCUGGCUUCCCCACCACCCCAGCCGGAUGGAACCCGCCGCCCACGUAUCCGUACGAGUUUGUGCGGUUCUCGUCGCCCGCCUCCUUUCUCUCCUCCUCCUCCUCCUCCUCCUCCUCCUCCCUCGACCCCGCCGAGAUCGAGACCGACGUCGUCAUCGUCGGCUCGGGCUGCGGCGCAGGCGUCUGCGCCAAGAACCUGGCCGAGGCAGGCCACCGCGUCCUCGUCCUCGAGAAGGGCUACCACUUCACCAGCCAGGACUUCCCCAUGGCCGCGCCCGACCACCUCGUGCACAUGAUCGAGGGCUCGGGCGCCGUCUCGUCCGACGACAACUCCAUGCUCGUGGUGGCGGGCUCGUGCUUUGGCGGCGGCGGCACCGUCAACUGGAGCGCCAGCCUGCAGACGCAAGGGUUUGUGCGCCGCGAGUGGGCUGAGGACCGCGGGCUCGGGUUCUUUGACACGGCGGCGUUCCAGGCGUGUCUGGACAGGGUGUGUGCGCAGAUGGGCGUGCACGAGGACUUUGAGCCGAAUCAUGGGAACCAGGUCCUGCUGGAGGGGGCCAGGAAGCUGGGGUGGGCGGCGAGGAGGGUCCCGCAGAAUACGGGGCACUGCGAGCAUCCUGAGGGCCACUGUGCCUUGGGGUGCUGGAGCGGGGCGAAGAAGGGCCCUGUGAAUGGGUGGUUUCCUGAUGCGGCUGAGGCUGGGGCUAAGUUUGCCGAGGGGUUCAAGGUGGCGAGGGUGCUGUUUGAGGAUGGGAAGAAGAAAGGCACAAAGAAGGCGGUUGGUGUCGUCGGCACCUGGACGAGUCGAGGGAAGGAUGGGAGACUGGAUGGGCCUGAAAAGGACAAGAUCGUGAGGGAGGUUGUUGUCAGAGCCAAGAGGGUUAUCAUCAGCAGCGGCUCGUUAUGGAGUCCGGUCAUUCUCAAGAACAGCGGGCUGAAGAACCCACAGAUAGGUAGAAAUCUGUACCUUCAUCCCGUCAACGUUGUCACGGCCUUCUUCAAAGAGGACGUUCGACCAUGGGAGGGAGAGAUCCUCACCGCCGUCGUCAACACGUUUGAGAAUCAAGACAACAAGGGCCACGGUGUCAAGCUGGAGUGCACGUCCAUGAUGCCCACCUACGCCAUCCGGUUCCUCAACUGGGACAACGGCGUCGAUUUCAAGGUCCGCGCCAUGAAAUACCGCCACAUGAACAGCUACAUCUCCAUCAACCGCGACCGCGACCCGGGCUACAUCUAUCCAGACCCUCACUCGGGCCAACCACGCGUGCACUACACCCCAUCCGCCUACGACCGUAAGCACGUCAUGACCGGCAAUGUCGCCCUCGCCAAGAUUCUCUAUCUACAGGGCGCCCUAGAAAUCCACGUCUCGCUACCCGGGAUGCGCCCCUAUAUUCGCAACCAAGAAACCACUACCACCGACCCCGCCGCCGCCGCCACGAACACACCGUCUUCUCUAAACCCAGACAUCCUUGCCUCGGUACAAGACGCCGGUGUGGCCGACCCGCGCUUCCAGGCCUGGCUGAAGGAGCUCGCAGCACAUGGCAACACGACGCCCGAGACACCCUUUACGUCGGCGCACCAGAUGGGGACGUGCCGCAUGAGCAGCACCGAGAAGGGCGGCGUGGUGGACCCGCAGGGCAAGGUCUGGGGCGCCGAAGGGUUGUAUGUUGCCGAUGCGAGUGUGUUUCCUAGCGCGAGCGGGGUGAAUCCUAUGGUUACGAAUAUGGCGAUUUCGGAUUGGAUCUCGCGGGGGGUGGCGAGGGAUCUUGAUGCUGAGACGGUACGAGCAAGGCUUUGAUGGGAUUUCUGUAAUCAUUUCUGGUCAGCUUGGAAGUAUGUGAUCUUGAGUCACCUUGGUCUGGUCAGCUUCUGAUUGUGGGAUCAUAUACAAGAGUCUAUAUAUUGUAAGACUAAUACAUGCAAAUGUAGUAUUCAG